AUGGGUCGUGUUUCAAAGAAAGUACCGGCUGCUGAGGCUGAAAAUAUAGCAGCAGGCUCAGACAGCACUACAGAACUUGUGGUUAAGAAAGGUUUAGAACGUGAGUAUGUGGUGAGCGAACAUUCCAGCAAGGUUCUCGAUCAGAGACUCCACACAUCGAGCAAAGAGAAGCUUCUGGUUGCAGCACUCGUUGCCGUGACGCUUUACAUACGUACAACAGGUCUACAAUCGCCAAGUGAGGUUGUUUUUGACGAGGUGCACUUUGGAAAGUUUGCAGCCAAGUACAUCCGGCACGAGUUUUUCAUGGACGUGCACCCACCGCUCGCCAAGAUGCUAUACGGGCUUGUUGGAUUCUUGGGCGGGUUCAACGGCAACUUCAACUUUGAGAAAAUCGGAGACGAUUACCCGUCUUCCGUGCCAUAUGUGUUCAUGAGGCAGUUUUCGGCAUUCUGCGGAGUGUCCACGGUGCUGCUCAUGUACUACACAUUGAAGCUAACUGGCUGCAAGCCGGUUGUGUGCUUCAUCACGUCUCUUUUGCUCGUUUUUGAGAGUGCAACGGCCACCAUUGACCGGUUCAUCCUCCUUGACUCACCCAUGAUCAUGUUCAUCUCUGCAGCCAUCUACUCGUACAUCAAGCUCGACAUCGCCAAGCCAUUCUCGUGCCUCUGGUACAAGUCACUCGUUGCAUCGGGCAUCUGUCUCGGUUUGGCGGCCUCCUCGAAGUGGGUUGGCCUCUUCACCAUUGGCUGGGCCGCCGUGUGCACGGUGAUCCGUCUCUGGUUCGCAAUUGGCGACUUGGACGUGCCAGCACGCCAGAUCUGGAAGCAGGCGUUGCUGCGGUUGUUUGCCACGGUUCUAGCGGUGCUCACAAUCUACAUUGGCAGCUUCUACGUCCACUUCAGUGUUCUCAACACCAACGAGGGAGACGCGACAUCUUUCGUGUCGUCUGCCUUCAGGGCGUCGUUCGACCACAACAGUCUCCCCGGCCCAACUCUCGCCGACGUGGGCAUCUCGUCGAUCGUCACCAUCAAGCACUUGAACAGCCCUGAGGCCUACUUGCACUCGCAUGGCCACAACUACGAGGGGGGAUCCAAGCAGCAGCAGGUGACCCUGUAUCCUUAUCAGGAUGACAACAACAGGUGGAGCGUCGAGCUGUACAACCUAACCACGGAGCCCAAGCAGUUCGUGCCGAUUCUAGACGGCACCAAGAUCCGGUUGAGACACAUCAUGACAGCCAGAAGGUUGCACUCGCACGAUAUCCGGCCUGCAGUCAGCAAUGUGGACUGGCAGAACGAGGCAAGCUGCUACGGGUACGAGGGCUUCGAGGGGGACCCGAACGACGACUUUGUCGUGGAAAUCGACAAGGACUUGUCGAAGCCCGGCGUUGCCCAGCAACGUGUCAGGGCCAUCGACACCGUUUUCCGGCUCCACCAUGCCAUGACGGGCUGCUACUUGUUCUCGCACAUGGCACAGCUCCCUAAGUGGGGAUUUGAGCAGAACGAGGUCACGUGUGCACGCUCGGGCAUCAAACCCUUGUCCCUAUGGUACAUUGAGGACAACCAGAACUUGUACUUGGACCAGGAUGCCGCCGACAAGGUCGAGUACAAGCCUUUGAACUUCUGGCAGCGGCUGCUUGAGCUCAACAAGGCCAUGUGGAACCUCAACGAGGGUCUCACCCAGCACCACGUCUACGAAUCCUCUCCUUACUCGUGGCCACUUCUUCUACGCGGAAUUUCCUACUGGAAGGGCCAAUCUGGCCAGCUCUACCUGCUCGGCAACCCCGUUGUGUGGUGGAUCGCCUCCUUCAUCUUCGUGCCCUUUGCAGUUUUCGUCGUGUUCAAGAUUUUCCGCUGGCAGUACGGCUCCAGGCUCACAUACGACGCCUCGGUCUUCAACUACCUCAACUACAUGGCACAGUUCGGCUUUGGCUGGCUUCUCCACUACGCACCUUUCUUUCUCAUGGGAAGACAGCUCUUCCUCCACCACUAUCUCCCAGCCCUCUACUUUGGAAUCCUGGCUCUUGGCCAGACCCUCGAGCUCUUCAACUCGUACAUUUUCCGCUCUCGGAAGUUCCUCUCCUACGCUCUGCUCGUUGCCCUACUUGCAGCCGCCGUUUUCGGCUUCCUUCAACGGAAAGCCAUCGUUUAUGGUGGCAGCUGGUCCGAGGUCAAGUGCUCUGCCUCCAAGUGGCUCCCAGGCUGGGAUUAUGACUGCAAUGUUUAUCCUGUGGAGGAGCCUCCUUCGCCUGUUGUUGGCUCCUUGUCCUCGCAGCCGGUUCCAACUUCCUCUGCCAUCAACUUUGACGAGGCUGUCAGUGUUCCUCUUAAGGAUGAGCUAUGA